CAUGCUGUUCUUAGAACUGUUUGCAUUUUUGCUGUUGUAAUGAUGAAAUGAUAUAAAAUUCUGACCAUAUUCUUUAGCCCAGAUCAAGCAGGCUUACUCUGUUGGUACCAAACAUUUAGUUCCUGACUAUUCCCAUACACCGUUUCUACUACUCUCUACUAAUAUCAGUCUCACCAUCAACGCCAGAUACGGACACCAACGAUAUUAUUCAUCCUCUAAGAAUGACAAUAGUCACUACGAUGAUGAUAAAGCACGUUUGACACACACGGACCCACAAACUGGUGAAGCCAAAAUGGUAUCUGUUACGGCGAAACCGUCGACCCUCAGAGAAGCUAAAGCACUUGGUCGCAUUUUGCUUCCCCCUCACACUUUUGAUUUACUUCAAAAUAAUCAAGUCCAUACGCUGAAGGGUAACGUAUUGACUGUUGCCCAAAUAGCUGGUAUCCAAGCAGCUAAAUCAACUUCACAACUUAUUCCUUUGUGCCAUCCGUUACUUCUGGGUAUGAUCGAUGUUAAGUUAUGGCUGUGCAAAGAAAGACGAAGUGUUGAAUGUGAAGCCACCGUGCAAACAACCGGGAAAACAGGUGUUGAAAUGGAAGCUUUAACAGCCACUAGUGUAGCAUUAUUGACAGUAUACGAUAUGUGUAAAGCAUCGUCAAAGGAAAUGACAAUUGAGGGAAUUCAAGUGAUAGAAAAGAAAGGCGGAAAAAGUGGGCAUUGGAAGGCAACGCGAUUUCCAGCUGCUGAAGAAGGGAAAUCUGUUUAGAGUGCUACUACAAAAUCAUUCUAAUAAACAUUGCACGACAUAGGGAUAUGAAUCACUGGUAAACAAUAAAAAGUUCGCGAACAAAUGGGUCGUCGAUAUGCAUAAAACACUGUAUAAUGGUUUAAAGAGAAAUACUAUCAUCUUAAUAGCAUCAUGACUAGUAAGCCACACCUUUGUUGAAUUGCAAAGCAAAUCUAAACAGCAAAGCUUGUUCAAUAACUUCUUUCGAUGUAUAAGUAUACACCUUAAGCAUGAAAUACACUUAAAACUGAUCGUCUUGAAGGAGGCAUAACCGGGUCAAUCGGCUUUAUACGUUUUCUAGACAGUGACUUUAAUUUAAAAUUCAUUGCUUAGGUUGAAUCAAUGAGUUCCUGAGUCUUUGAGUCUUUUACCCCUAACAAAGAAAAUUGAGC